ACCUUCUUCAAAGGAACGCAAGAUGGCCGCGGAAGUGUUUAUAAAAUGUUUAAUAUCAUUUUUACUGCUCAAUUCGUGCAGAGGUGAAAUAAAUGGGCGCCUUUUGGAUGAAAAUGAAGAAAAUAUGGAUUUGGAGGCACACCAUGCAAGAGAUCUUCCAAUACAGAACUCCAUUCAGAGUCAUCCCAGGAGGCACAGAAAAUCCAAGAGACGAAUGAAGCACAGGUACAAAUGCUACUCGUGUGAGCCCCCUGAUUGCUCCAACAACAUAACAACACACACCCACUUGUGCCAGAAUGCCAUUCAAUGCUGGAAAUCCCGCGUUCGUGAUAGUUUUGGCGUGGAACGCAUGAGCCGGGGAUGCACAACAUCCCACGACCAAUUGCCCGUUCUCUGCAAUCCCAACAUCAAAGGUGGGCACGCCAAGAGGCACUCAUCGGGGCAGUACAACAUUGAAUGCUGCACCGGUGACUACUGCAACAAUGGCAGCUUCCCGGAAUUGUCGCCAAUCAACGAGGUAAUCCGCAUGGAUCCCGGAACACCACCUGGUCUCAAGUGGGCCAUUGGAUUGAUCGCCGUGGCCGUUGUGUUGCUCAUUGCUGGGGCUGCGGUGUGCGUAUGGUGGCGCCAGGGACGACACAAGAGACUCCUUGUGUCACGCAGUAAAGCCGAUCCGGAGACAUACUAUGCCAGUGAUGACAUCCUUCGUGCCACAACAGCCGGUGAUAGUACACUGCGGGAGUAUCUUGAGCAUUCGGUGACAUCGGGAUCAGGUAGUGGGCUACCGCUGCUGAUUCAGAGAACUCUGGCCAAGCAAGUCUCCUUGGUGGAUAUCAUUGGUCGUGGGAGGUAUGGUGAGGUAUGGCGUGGCAUCUGGCAUGGGGAGAAUGUUGCCGUGAAGCUGUUCUACAGUCGCGACGAAGAAUCGUGGAAGCGUGAAACGGAAAUCUACAGUACAGUCCUACUUAGGCAUGAAAAUAUCCUCGGGUACAUUGGUUCGGAUAUGACGUCACGCAACUCGUGCACACAGCUCCUCCUCUUGACACACUACUACCCCCUUGGGUCACUCUAUGAUCAUCUCAAUAGAUCCGCAUUGACGCAUCACGAAAUGGUGGUUAUUUGCUUGUCCGUCGCCAAUGGGCUCGUACAUUUGCACACGGAGAUUUUUGGGAAGCAAGGAAAGCCCGCCAUUGCACAUCGGGAUCUCAAAUCCAAGAAUAUCCUCAUACGUCACAACGGGUCAUGUGUCAUUGCUGAUUUCGGUUUGGCUGUUACACACGUCCAGGCCACGGGACAAAUUGAUUUGGGGAAUAAUCCAAAAGUCGGCACUAGACGCUACAUGGCGCCCGAAGUUCUCGAUGAGAGCAUCAACAUGGGAUGCUUCGAGGCAAUCCGACGUGUUGAUAUCUAUGCUCUGGGCCUAAUUUUCUGGGAAGUUUGCCGCAGAACACUAUCUUGUGGCAUUGCUGAAGACUACAAAGUGCCAUUUUAUGAUGUUGUUCCUGCAGAUCCAAGUUUUGAAGACAUGAAGAAGGUUGUCUGUGGUGACAACUACCGACCAUCCUUGUCCAAUAGAUGGACAUCUGAUCCUCUCUUGGCAGGAAUGUCAAAAUUAAUGAGAGAAUGUUGGCAUCAGAAUGCAAAUGUUCGCCUCCCAGCGCUGAGGGUGAAGAAGACAAUUCAGAAAUUAGCCUCAAAUGAUGCUAGUGUGAAGCUCCACCAGAAUGAGGAGGAAGUAUAGGAGGAGACAAGGUAAAUGUUUGUAGAAGCUCUACCCUGAAUAUUUGCUAAAUUCAGUGAAUUUGAACGUUUUUUUUUAUUAUUUAAUGUGAAAAGAUUCUUUAAAAAUAAAGCGAGAAAACGAUUCUUUUGUUGUUGGUUGAAAUUUUGAUAUCAAUUUUCAAGCAACAAGCAAAAAAAAAAAGAAUUAAAAUCUCCCUGAAUUUUAGAAGAAGAAAAAAAACUAUCUAAUAUAUAUUUUAAUAAAUAUAUUUGAAAAAAAAAUAUUAACAUCGUGGAAUGUGUUAGAAAUUAAUAAAAGAAAAAUAGUUGAACUUUUACAAAAAAAAAGAAUUAGUGUUGAAAAAAUUACUAAUGAUGGGUUUUAUAGAUGCGAAAUUUCAGCAACUUUCUCCAAGAAAUUAUUUGAGGAAGAAAACUUUAGAAAAAAAAUUAGUUCAGAUUAAUCUUGAUGCAAAAAAAAUCAUUUUGCACUUUUUAUGUCCACCACUGUACAAUAUAAAAUGCGCCAUACAAAGUAUUGCUUAUAAUUUGUUCAAUUUAAAUUAGAAAUAGUCAGAACUCCCCCUUUAUUUAAUUUUUCUCCUAAAACAGAUUUAAUUGAUUUUUUUUUAAUAUUAGGUAGGUAAGAAAAAAAAAUUUUUAGACUUUCUUCAAGCGGAAAAGAAAAAAAAAUGCGAGAUCUCGCAGAAAGUGGCUGAAAUUUUGCUUUGAGAUUUAUUUUGUUAUAUUAAUAGAGACAAUGAAGAAAAGUCUGUAUGUGUGUGAGCGUGAGGAUGUUGUGUGGAGUUAAUCAGUUAAAGAAUAAUAUCAAGAAAUAGAGCCCCAGAUUAUAUUGAAAAGAGAAAAAAAUGAUUGAGGAAAAGCCAAUAAAAGAGAAAUAUUCAUUUUUUCAAUGAAUAAAUGGCGCAUCAAUCAUUUUGCAGUUUAUGCGGAAAAUAUCUGUUUUGACUAAUUUGAAAAGAGAGAUAAGUGCGCGAUUAAUUUGUGUGUAACAUAGAGUAAGAAAAAAAAGAGAGAAAUAGUAGAUAAUGUAAAAAAAAACAAGAUGUCUGACUUAGGAUUUAAGAGUAAAAAAAAUGGAAGGAAAGGUUAAAUAUUGUAGGUAAAAUUAAUUAAUCAAUAGUUGUAGAUUGAUUUUUAAUUCAUUUUUGUGAAUUCUCUAUCAGUCCCUGAUUUAAACGGGAAAGACAAGAAACAAAAACUUGCCCAGUAAAGUGAAAAUUGGGAAAAAGUACCUAAGAAAAUGGAAAAAAAUAAACAAAAUUGUUUUUUUUUUGUCCUCAAGCUCAAUCUUCGGGAAAAGGAGCCUAUUCUAGCUUAUUCUAGAAUUCAAAAUUUAAUAAAAUUAACUUUGAAUAAUUAACGGAAACGUUUAAUGGACGCAAAAAACUUUUAUCUGUGAUAAAAAUUAUUUUAUCGCGAGAUUUAAAGUUUUUAUUUUUUUUUCAAAAAAAAACUUUUUUUGUUAUGAUCAAAAAACCUAAUUAAAAAUUUUAAUAAAAUUAAAAAUUAUAGCCAGAAAUCAAGGGGGGUUCCUAAAUUCAUCGGAUCUUCGGAAAUAUUCGGUUUUAUUGGUUAAUAUUCGGAUUAUUUGUCAAGGAAAUACAAGUAUAAGUCUAAGCCUAAAAAUGAUAAAUUCAAGCAUGAAAACACUUAAAUCAAACCGAAAAGUAGUAAAUUCAAACAGAAGAGUUCGAAAUUCAAACUAAAAAGUAGUAAAUUUAACCCAAAAUGAGUAAAUUCAAGCAGACAAAUAUUUGAAUUUAAUUCCCAAACAGCAUAGAUUGAGGAACAAAACUUUAAAAAAAUAUUAAAGUCUAAAAAGGACUAAAGUCAAACCAAAAAGGCCUAAAUACAUUUUUGGAUUUUUUUCGGUUUUGAGCUUUACGGUUUUUAGCAAAAAAUGUUAAUGUGAAGUCAUUUAUUCAGAUCUUUGGAAAUAUUCUGAUGAUUCGCUUAAUACUUGGAGGACAAAACUGGUACUUCCUGCCAAUUUAACUUUUUCAAACCGUCAUAGAUUAAAAUCUAUCCAACUUGUCUUUAUAAAUUUUACAUCUAUGUGUAGGUGGAUUCAAAUACUAGAAGUUUAUAAUAAGAAAGUCCGGAAAAACUUUUUUUUAUAAUAGAAAUUGAAGCUCAAAGAUUGAGGUUAGAAAUUCAUGUCCUCCAGUUGUUAAAAAACCAAAAUAUUCGCCAGAUAAACACCCCUUGCAAAAACUUUAUUAUCAUCGAUGAAACAUUACCGUGAAUGUUUCAUGGAUUGAAUAAAACAAGUUUUAAAGGGAUCCUUUAAAAAUUUUAACAAUUCCUUCAAUUCAAAGGGGAUUUAUUAAAAUUUGAAUUUCUUGAUUGAGUUUGAGCAACAAAAGAAAAGAGAAAGAUUUUGUAGAAAAAUGAAAAACUAAAGAAAACUCUUCCCGCCACUAAUUUAAACUCACCACAAUCUGUGUGUUUGUGUUUUAAUUUCUUAAAAAUAAGUAAUGUAUACAAUAUCUAUUAUUAAAUAAAUAAAAAAAGAAAAAAAUCUAACCGUGUCGAGAUAUAAAAAAAACAACAAAUUUAUACAUAUUAAACACCAAAAAUCAUUGAGUUACGUAACAUUUUAGCAAUUAUCUCUAUAUCCUAUCGAUAUUAUUAGAAAUUGGAAUGAAAGAAGAAAAUUAAAUCAGACAAGAUAUAUCAAGAAAACAAGAAAA